CUCCAAACGCCAUCAUCAAGUCAGAGACUUUAACUGUAACACAGAGGCUCUUACACACAGGAUCUGACCACAGAUCAGACCCAGAGAGACUGGUCUGUCCUCCUGCUCCUGCCUCGGAAUACUUACCGGUAUUUCACCAAAGGCAGAGGGUGGUUCAUUCCCAUGGAGAUGGUGAUUCGUUAGAAACUGGCAGUGAUGAUCCGUCUUGUUCUUACGCUAUAGAGAUGGACCCUGGAAACAUGCCCUUUGGUUUAGAGACCCAGACUGAUCUGUCUAGAGGGGACUGGAACCGGUACAGUAGUAGUGUAUACUCUGAAGGGUGCCUAGAUAAGAAAGGGGAGGUUAUAGUGGUGGAUGAGGUGACUGUGAAAGUGGAGGGCGACGCUCCUCCCACAUUGAAUGCAGAUCGUCACCUAGGAGAUGGACACUCCCAGGGCAGAGAUUUCUUAGAUUACAGGGGAUGCUUAGAGACAAAUACAAAUUUUGUGACCCACUCCCCUUUACACAGGUUCUGGGAUCGCGACUCAGUGUCAACGUCGAUGGCAUUUUCUGAUGUACUUUUAGAUCAGGUAUUGAACUCAAAUGACGAGGCUAGAGCCCAGCCUCAGGGAGGGGGAGCAACAUCAGGCAAUAGUAAAGAGAAACUGUUCCUCUGCAUGUUCUGUAACAAAGGCUUCAGCUGCCCCCAGAAUUUGGAGAUCCACCAGAGGGUCCACACAGGGAAGAAAUCCUUCAGCUGUACCCAGUGUCACAUGCGCUUUGCCCAGGCUGGCAACCUAAAGAUCCACCAGAGGGUUCACACAGGAGAGAAGCCCUUCAGCUGUACCCAGUGUCACAUGCACUUCGCUGAGGCUGGCAGCCUGAAGAGGCACCAGAGGGUCCACACAGGGGAGAAAUUAUUCAGCUGUACCCACUGUCAUAUGCGCUUCGCCCAGGCUGGCAACCUGAAGAGGCACCAGAGGGUCCACACAGGGGAGAAAUUAUACAGCUGCCCCCAGUGUGAGAAGAGGUUCUCCCGCCAACACCAGCUGAAGAUGCACCUAAAGGUCCACACGUGAGAGAGGCUGUUUGCCUGUACUCAUUGCGGAAAGAGGUUCUCAGAGAGGAGCUUCCUCGGGAUGCACCAGCAGAAAAACCUUUCCACUCCAUAAAAUGGAAAGCAACCAUCCCACUCAAUAGCUUUUGACAUUUAGUUCAAACCUUGCAGUAAAGACAGAGAUUAAUUGUCAUUUUUGUCAGCAGAAAAUAUCCACAGAUGCAUUUGGAAUAAUGAGAGUAACAGAUUUCAGUGUUUAAUAUUCCUGGGUAAAAUAUUUUAUCCAGACGUUGUGUGAUACAAGGCAUAUAUACUGAACAAAAAUAUAAACGCAACAUAUAAAAUGUUGGUUUAUGUUUUAUGAGCUGAAAUUCUGUGCACACAUUUGUUUACAUCCCUGUUAGUGGGCAUUUCUCCUUU